GUCGCGCCUUCAGUCCAACGCGCACAACUCCUCAAGGCACACCUCACCGGGCCUUCUCGCCCACAGGACCUCAGACUUCGACACCUAAUAAGGAAUCGUCAGCACGCAGAUGUCUUCCUCUGCUGGAGAACUCGUCCCGACAGCAGGACCUUUGUCCAGCCAGUAAUUGCGGCCGGCUUCGUUACGUUGGUACCGCCCCGGUCGAUUUAAUGAACAUGAGCCACGAACCGCCACCUCGCUACGCUUACACGGAAAGCGGCCUCGAGUCCAUGCCGAUGAUGUCUGGAUCGCCCAAGUAUCAGGUGGUGCCCGCCGAACAGAAGAACUAUCAAAGCGUAGAAAGUGCAUUUAUGGCACGAACCGCCGUUGUACCUCCAUUGUCGCCACCGAACAGCGACGCAAAUACGACUCUAGCGAGCGGCAUGGAGAAAGGCGACAGAAAGAGCGCACCGAUACUUCUGAUAUUAGUCGGUCUCCUCACAUGCGGUCUCGCCCUGUAUCUGUCCUGGUCGCAAGGAAGAAG